AUGGGGGAACGCAGGGCCACCUCUCCUGUGCCUCAUUUGGACCUGAACAACUUUGACUCGGCCGAAGCUGAGAGGAGUCGGUAUAUUUUAACCAGCCCACGUUCACUGGAGUCCUGCGCACGGCUCGGUAUCAAACCUGUUGAACUUCUGAUCAAAUCACUAAACGAGUUGAUUGCUGAAAAGAAUGACGCGCCCUUUGAGGCGGUGAGAGUUAUGCACGAAUCAUACGAAAAGGAGAGAAUGAAGCUUUUACAAAUGUGCCGAGAGGAGAGGAAGAGGAUUAUCCAGGCGGCUGGGGACAGGUGGCCGGGCAGUAACAAAGUCUCAGGCCCGGAGGUGGUGCCUGUCACCAAACUGAAGGAUCACUCAGUGCUGAGCCAGAAAGCGACGUCCAUCCCGUAUGCAGAUCUGUGCUGUAAAGGGAAACCUGUUCGCAGGUCCCCCUGUUCUGCUGCUGAUAACAGAGACCCAGACAGGAGCACAGUCUGCAGCUUCAGUCUGGGAGACCUCAGACACUCCCCGGCCACUGAGAUGAAACUGGACAGGCUCACAGAGGACAUCAAACAGAAGAUGUGUGUCACAGUGUCAGAGAGAGACCGUAAGAUAGCAGCUCUCAUGCUGGUGAAGCAUCAGGAGGAGCAGGAACGCCUGAAGCUCUAUCAGCAGCAGGAAGAGGAGCGAGAGGAGGCCCGUAAGCAGGAGGAGGCCCAGUGGGCUCAGGAGGAGAAAAAGAGGAGGAAGAAACUCAAGCAGAGUAUGCAACGCUGGCAUGAGGAGCUGGAGGCCCGCAGGAGGCUGAGGGAGCAUCAAGAGAAAGAAAAAGCGGUACAACUGGAGCAGGAGGUACUGCUGCAAGAAGACCGCUGGAGGAGGCUGAAAGAGGAGGUGGAGGCACAACGCAGAGAAAAGAUAGAGGCUGCACAGAAAGAAGCAGAGGGGCGCAAACGCUACCAGGAGAAGCUGCUGCGAGAGAAACAGGAGGCGGAGAAAAGGGAGCAAGAGAAGGAGAGACAGGUAGCAGUGAAGAGGGAGCAGAAGGCCAGGAGGAGUAAAAUGCUGCAGGAGAAGAAGGAAAGGAAGAGGCUCCAGGAGGAAAAUCACAAGGAGCUGCUACGACACAUACUGCUAAAGCAGCAGGUAGAGCAGCAGUUGGAGGAAGAGGAGGCACAGAAGAGGAGCACCACUGAGAAGAAGCUGCAGCACUCCUGUGAGAAACGUGCCCAGGUUGUAGAGGCACAGCUGAGGGAGCUGCACGAGCGGGCAGCCCGGGAGGAGGAGCAGAUUCAGAGAGCACAGCUGAGAGCCAAGCUGCAGAGCGUCCAGGAGCUCACACACAAGCAGAUCCUGGUCCAACUGAGCCAGCGUCGCAUGGAGAGAGCUGCCCUCCACGCCUCGGCCCAGCGCAGGACCAGGGCUCAGCAGACACAUCAACGCAACAAACACAGGCAGCUCUGCCACCAGAGGCUCAGAGAGAGGAUGCAGAGAGAGGAGGAGGCAACGAGGAUGGUCAAAGAGAGCCACAUCUCCAUGAAGGAAUGGAGGAGGGAGAGGCUGCGGAGACAGCGAGAGCAGAUACAGGAGGAGGCGCAGGCGCUGGCUCGGGCCUCCUUUCACUUGAGGGAGAGAGUGAGACAGCAGACACACAGUCGAACCUUUGAUCAGAUGGCUCGGGAGGCUCAGCUGACUGCCUCCAUGAGCCACAUGAAACUAUGA